GAUGGGUUCAACCGGGUCGUUCAGCGGCCCUCGCAUGUCACUUACCUUCGAUGGGCUGCUCUUCGACUUCGAUGGAACAAUCGUAGAUUCCACUGCUGGUGAGCCGCCUUUGCAUCAUGCAGUCCUCUCCCUCACCGGUCGUGAAACAUUGGCAUAUCUAUGGCCUGGAAGAAUAGGAGAAGAGAUCGGAGUAGACCCGAAAGUGAUCUUGCAAACCUCCCACGGCAGAAGAAGCAUUGAUACGCUUCAGAUUAUUGCUCCUGAGAAGGCAACCUGGGAAUACGUUAGCAUGAUUGAAGGACGAAUCCCAAGGGAUCUUGGUAAUGAUGCAACUGAGAUACCCGGUGCACGACGGCUCCUCACCUCGUUGGAAGAGGCCGGAGCGCCAUGGGCCGUCGUGACGUCUGGCAGCAAUGCGUUGAUUACCGGCUGGCUCGGCGUCCUGCGGCUUGCACAUCCAAAGUACCUCGUUGUUGCGGAGGAUGUGCAGGCUGGCAAACCAGAUCCUUCCUGUUACCUACUAGGCCGUUCUCGGCUUGGCUUGGACCAUAGUGAUUCGAUGCUUGUGAUUGAAGAUGCUCCGUCUGGUGUCCGCGCUGGGAAGGCUGCCGGGUUUAAGGUUCUUGCGCUCGCCACGACACAUGUGGUCGAAGAGCUGAAGGAGGCUGGAGCAGAUUGGAUCAUCAAAGAUCUUGACAGUGCCUCACUCAAGAAGUUCGCCGAUGGCAAGGUUGAGGUAGAGGUCUGGGAUACACUUCAAUAGCGUUUAGCCGCCUUGACAGGGGUCCUGGAGAUAGGG